AGGAGGAGACGGAUCUCCGGCUGCAGGCGUCGCGUUUCCAUUAGCCUCGUCGUGCAGCGCGCAAACCGUGACUCCGGACGCGUGUUUCACGUGUAUGAGUGACCCCGAGCACGCGGAGGCGCAAACAAAAGCGGAGAGACGGAGAGAGCGCGCGGCGCGGUGCUGUGCAGCGGUCGGGGACGGCGCGCGCACAAUAGGCAGCACCGCUUGACUUGCCCGGGACGCGCGGUUCGAGGUGCUGCUUUCUCUGAGGAUGGACAGUGUCUCUGCGGGAUAGCAAAGCGGGACUUACUACAGCGCGAGCACUUUUUUGUAGACCCGGGACAUUUGUGCGACCCGAUGGAGUUCAGGACGGUAUUGUUUCGGAUCGUUAUUCGUUGAUGGAAAGCUGAACGUCCGGUACUCGAUUGCGUUUUAGGUGUAGAUGACUCAAAUUCUCUUGAAUUAAUAUCCAUAUUAUUAUUAUUAUUAUUAUUAUUAUUAUUAUUAUUAUUGCUGCUGUAUUAUAGGUAUUCACUCUUCAACAUAUAUUUGUUUAAUUGUAAAGAAUGUUUCUGCUUGAUGGAAAUUGUGUAGAAAGGAUGGAUCGGGGCACACCGCAAAGGAAAACUGUUUACAGGAUCUCCCUUACCUUAGUGAAAAGGGAGAGCCUGCAAGAAGGUGGUAGUGGAACUGCUUCACUGGCCCGACGGCUGGAGAACCCGAAGGUGAGCGCUUAUCGGCGUGAAGGCUCUGUAGAAAUCCAGCGUAGUUGUUUCCUGGAACAGGUCAAAGAAGUGGAGGAUGAAACGGACGAACUGUCUUCUCAGGCAUACAGGAACUUCCGAACAUUCAGCACUGGGCAGUUGGAACUCAGCAGGUCGAAAAUCUCUCGAAAGGCAUUUAAUUUGCGGAAGGACAACUCGAUGGAAACGAAUGAAACGUGCACCAGGACACCACCAAAGGAUGCUCACGGUAGUGAUCGGGUAGAAAAUGGUGCUCAGCUGCAUGAAAGUGAUUUGCGUUCAAAGGCAACGGAUGAGAGUAAUGGAAUUAACGAUGCUGGUGCUGAGUUAAGCUGCAGAGCAGCUGCUGGCAACAGGGAAAGUGUGGGUGUUAAUUUGAACAGAAUCCUCCAGACUUCCAGGAGUGCUGAAGAGCAGGUCAGCAGAUGUGGGGCUGAAGAUCAGGCAGCUGAAGAAGAUGGCAGUUGUCCCAAGGAGAGCAGCUUUGCUUCUUUGCCUGCUAAAGAGGACGGAAAUGUUGAGAAGCAGACGCCCCAAACCCCACCGGCCAAGAGGCACCCAAGCUUGCUGCGUCGGAGUUUCAGCUUUCGCCACUGGGCAGGAGGGGAGCUGCUGCGGCUUCGAGCCCUUUCCAAAGAGAAGCAUCAUAGCAGCUCGGGCUGCAUUGGGCGUGAUGAGGCCCCGACUCAAUCCUCUGUGGUCUUGCAAAACCCAGCCAUUGAGGAUCCUGAGAAGGACAGCGCUUUUGAUGUGGAUGAGGUCUUUGUUCAGGAGGACUCCUUGAAAGAACCCAAUCGUAAGGACCGCGCCAAGGGCAAAAACCGCACACUGGACAACAGUGAUCUUCUUAGGCUCUCUGAGAAACCCCUGGUGGAGAAAGAGGGCUUUCUCAGAGCGGCUGGCCUUCGCUCUAGCGGCCAGGAACGCAGGCUCCUUCGCUUCUUCAGCGGGAUCUUCUUGAAGAAGGACAGUACCUCGACGCCACUGAGCAGCCCCAGCAAUCGCUCCUUUUGCAGGAAUGGACUGAUGAACUCCCAGAAGAGGGUCAUCAGGGGCUACUCGCAGUCCAGCACCGAAAGUGUGAACGGCUUCCUCCGGAACGAUGCUUUUGUGAACAGCCAGGAAUGGACCCUGAGUCGCGCAGUACCAGACCUCAAAGUGGGUAUUGUGGGGAACUUGGCCAGUGGGAAGUCUGCUCUGGUGCACAGGUAUCUGACUGGGACUUAUGUUCAGGAAGAGAGCCCAGAAGCUGACGUGGAUGCAGGUGGACGCUUCAAAAAGGAGAUCGUAGUGGAUGGGCAGAGCUACCUCCUCCUUAUCAGGGAUGAAGGGGGCCCUCCGGAGGCUCAGUUUGCAUUGUGGGUGGACGCAGUGAUAUUUGUCUUUAGUCUAGAGGACGAGAUCAGCUUUCAGACCGUAUAUCACUACUAUAGCCGGAUGGCAAACUACCGCAACACUGCUGAUGUGCCCCUGGUGCUAGUGGGAACUCAGGAUGCUAUAAGUGCAGCUAACCCCCGCGUUAUCGAUGAUGCGCGAGCACGCAAACUCUCCAACGACCUGAAGAGAUGCACAUACUAUGAAACCUGUGCCACCUACGGUCUUAACAUAGAGCGCGUCUUUCAGGACGUGGCUCAGAAAAUUGUCGCGAACCGGAAGAAGCAGCAGCUCUCGAUCGGGCCUUGCAAGUCCCUCCCUAAUUCUCCCAGCCACUCCUCUGUGUGUGCUGCACCCGUCACUGCGGUACACAUAGCUCAGACCAGUAAUGGAGGAGGCAGUCUGAGCGAUUACUCCUCCUCUGUACCCUCCACUCCUAGCACAAGCCAGAAGGAGCUCCGCAUCGACGUGCCUCAGACGGCCAACACUCCCACGCCAGUCCGGAAACAGUCCAAACGCCGCUCCAACCUGUUCACGUCUCGCAAGGCAAGCGAACCAGACAAGGAGAAGAAAGGACUCGAGGGCCGAGCGGACAGUAUCGGAAGCGGCCGCGCAAUCCCAAUUAAGCAGGGAAUGCUCAUGAAGAGGAGCGGCAAGUCGCUGAAUAAAGAGUGGAAAAAGAAAUAUGUGACACUUUGUGACAACGGAGUUCUGACUUACCACCCAAGCCUACAUGACUACAUGCAGAAUGUACACGGGAAAGAGAUUGACCUGCUGCGCACUACAGUCAAGGUUCCAGGGAAAAGACCCCCGAGGGCCAUCUCAACCUGCGCAGCCCCCGGCCCCAAAACAAACGGCCUUGCCAAGGACAUGAGCAACUUGCAACUCGCGCAGGCCCCAGGCUCCGUGACCAGCAGCUCUUCAGCAUCCCAAAUGGCAAGUGGCAUCAGUCUGGUGUCCUUUAACAGCCGGCCGGAUGGCAUGCACCAGCGCUCUUACUCUGUGUCCAGCGCCGACCAGUGGAACGAGGCCACCGUCAUCGCCAACUCGGGGGUCAGCACAGAGCAAGAGGAGAAUUUUGAGUUCAUCAUCGUGUCACUGACUGGCCAGACGUGGCACUUUGAAGCCACUUCAUACGAGGAGCGUGACGCCUGGGUGCAGGCCAUCGAGAGCCAAAUCCUGGCCAGUCUGCAGUCCUGUGAGAGCAGCAAGCAGAAGUCGCGUCUGACCAGCCAGUCUGAAGCAAUUGCACUGCAGUCAAUCAGGAACAUGAGAGGAAACUCUCGCUGCGUAGACUGCGAGGCCCAAAACCCUGACUGGGCCAGCCUGAACCUUGGAGCUCUCAUCUGUAUCGAGUGUUCAGGUAUCCACCGGAACCUCGGCACUCACCUUUCACGCGUGCGCUCUCUCGACUUGGAUGAGUGGCCUCUCGAGCUCAUCAAGGUCAUGUCUGCUAUCGGCAAUGAUCUAGCCAAUACCGUGUGGGAGGCCAAUGCACAGGGACGGCUAAAACUCGCACCUGACGCCAGCAGGGAGGAGCGUGAACGCUGGAUCCGGGCCAAGUACGAGCAGAAGCUGUUUGUGGCGUCUCUGCCAUGUGUGGAUCUGACUCUGGGCCAGCAACUUCUGCGUGCUACUGCUGAGGAGGACCUGCGGUUAGUGGUGCUGCUGCUUGCACACGGCUCACGAGAUGAGGUGAACGAGACAUGCGGUGAGGGAGAUGGCCGCACUGCGCUGCAUCUAGCCUGUCGCAAGGGCAGUGUGGUGAUCACGCAGCUCCUCAUCUGGUAUGGGGUAGACAUCAUGGCACGAGAUGCCCACGGCAACACGGCACUGGCAUAUGCACGCCAAGCCAACAGUCAGGAGUGUGUGGAUGUGUUGCUGCAAUAUGGCUGCCCGGACGAGCGCUACCCACUCAUGGCAACACCCAACCUCUCACGCAGAAACAACAACCGCAACAACAGCUGCAGCAGCAGCACAGGCAGCACUGCUCUUAUCUGACACACACCCAGCCUCCAUACUCAGACAAAUAAACGCUCACCUUCAUAUCCAUUUGCAUAAAUGCACACUUGCCCUCACCACACAUCCCCCUUCCCCCCCAGCUCUUUCUCCUUUUUGCUAGAAACAGAUUUGAAAUCAUGAGAAAUACAUACUUCACCACGAUGACGAAGACAAAACAGUAACAGAACCACUGAGUUUGCACUCGCACUGCCUCACACCACCACUAGCUUGUCUUGAGGAAGUUAUUCUUCCCAUUCUACUUGCCUAACCAAUCACACAGUCGCCCCUACGCCAGGUGACCUGUGAUCAGAGAAUGCACCAACCCCAACACGAUGGUUGGAGAAACUGUCUGAACCUGCUGCUGCCUCCAUCCACUAACGCUGCAGGACACAUGACUGGAGAUGAAGAUGAGGCCAAAUCAGAAGCUAAGUGAAUGGCAAGCGACACAUCCGUUCAGAUUCAAAGCAACCCGGUCCUCAUGCACUUUUCCUUGCUGUUUAUUGCGUCACUAAAAUGGACAAGAAGUGACGCUGGAUCAGUCCCAGAGAUCCUAGACAACUUCUGCAGUGCUUUUUUUUUUUGCUUGGUGUUUAAAAUGCACAUGUUCCAUGUCUUUACUCAUUUCUUCCCUUUAUCAGCCUUUCAGCCAAAUGUUUAGUAAAACUAUGUAAAAUUCUGCCCUUUGUACAAUUUUGUUCCUUUGUUUUUUGUUUUUUUUUUGUCAUUAAUGUGAAAAGACAAUAAUGCAAAGACCUUUUGGGAAAACAUUCAGAUAUAACAGAAAGAGGCUUGUCCUUGUUUUCUUUUGAUUGAGUGACUGAGUGGUACGGAGUUCCGAGGGCAUUUGUGGACCAUGUGAAAUAUCUAAACUCUCUGUGUGAAUGGACCACACUUAUGUGCCCAUAUCUUUUAUUAUUCUAUAGUCUGUUUUGCAGAACUAAAGGGAAUUUUCUACCUGAUUAAUAGUUGUUGUUGUUUUUUUUCCCUCUGCUGCUGCAUGCUUCUUUCUCCGCUGCAAAUGAUCAGGUCUUAUUUAGCCGAUUUCGUCAGAUGAUCAACUCUAAAGUGACAAGCUCCCAUCUCCAUUUCCUGAAGGGGCUCGUCACGAUCGAGCGUGCGUGUCUGCGCUCUUAUGAGGCCGAGGGACGGCAAGGAGUCUUUCUUAUUCACGUUAGCCAUAUUGAUAAUAUUGAUCAGUACAGACUUGUUUCCAGAUGAAACAGCAUGCAGAGUGGAGCAGGCUCUGACCUCGCAGGCUCGUCAAUACAGAAUGCGCGGCGUCUGCAUUUCUCCCGUGCUUUAUGAUGGAAACAUUAGUGCGGGGAGCGCCUGCAGCCUCAUUUACCUGUUCUUACUCAAUAUUAGGUGCUCAGGAGAACUCUCCUCUAUAUGCUACAUUCUUAUUAAUGCCAGAAACGCGUGCGUGUGUGCAUGCGUGAGUGUGUGUGUCGCGUACGCUCGUGCAGGUUCAUUUGUCAGCACUGGUCAAAAUGUCUAUUCAUUACCCGCUCAUUACUUGCCGAGGCCUUGGAGUGCAGAGCCCUGUUCGGCUCAGUGAAGAGAUGGCUCAUUUUUUCCUGCGCUGUAUCCUUUUCAUCGUAUUCACUCUAUCACUUAGUCUUUUAUAGAAACUCUUUGGUGGAAAACUUGGUGAAAAUGAAGAGAAUACGUUUUUUUUUUCUUCCCCCCUUUCCUUUUAAUGUUCUAGCCUGACAUCCAUGGGCUUGACGCCAGGCUACAUUAAAAAAAAUCAUACAAAUGUGUGUUUACUAGUUCUCUCUCUCUCUCUCUCUCUCUCUCUCUCUCUCUCUCUCUCUCUCUGUCUAUCUAUCUAAUCUUUUUUCUUAAUGUCUUUAACUUUCUGUCUUGUGUGUUUUCGUGCUGUACAGGCUCAAGCCAUGAAUGACCUGUAUUUAAGCAAUACUAAGCCAGAUGAAAGCCAGGCAACUAUCUGUAGUAAUAAUUUUCCCACACUAGUAUUGGCUGCUGUGUGGCUCUGAGAAAUGUAAGACUCUGUUUCAGGUCAUAUGUCAUAAAGGAGGUUGUGUUCUGUAACAUGGCGCCACUAGCUUUAGGGACUGUCACUGAGCAGGUAACACGAGUCUAUAGUCUGCAUUACUAAAUCAAGUAGGAAGAUGUCCAACCUGCCAGGGGUUCUGGGUUUUAAAGAUAAUGUAGGGACGAAGCCUGAUCUCCAAAACCUCUGUGUCUUCUUAAGGGCACUGUGGAAUGAGACAUGGGUCAAAGAGAGUGUACAGAGUUUGAGUUUAAUUGAAAGGUAUAAGAUGUUAAGUGUUUGUAUAUAAUGUAGCAGAUCUGUAGAGGUCUCAGUACCAGACACAGUUAUUUAUGACACGAUGCUUUAACGCAUACACACAAACAUUGAUUAUAUUAAGCAACCCACACUUUCAUGCCCACUUCAUGCCCUUUCCGUGAAAGCCUGACUUUUUUCGAUUUCUGCGUGCAUGAAUGUAAAUUUCCUCAUAAAUAUCCAACAGGUGAUGUUUUUUCUUAUUUCUCGUCUCAUUUACCUUUUUUUUUCUUUCCUUUUUACUCUUUUCUCUAUUGGAAGCAACUUUCAUCUAGUGGUCCAUUUCUCUCAUCGUGUGUCCAUAUUAUUGAACUGAGACAGAAUGAAGGAGUUGCACCACCACCCACACGACCAAUAGCGUGAGAGCAACCAAAGCAGACUCUAUACGUCCGUUUUAAGCUGCUUACAUGCACCCGUGAUUUUUAGACCAGUAUCUGCUUGCCGUGUAGCCACCACUUUCUGUACAUAGCUGUAAAAAAAAAAAAAAAGAAAAAAAAGUGAAAAUCAUGUUUUUGCUUUGUUGUUGUUACCUCAUUUUGUCGACAGUAUGCAGGUGAUGUGUCCAAUCUCGAGAGACCUGAUUAUUUAUAAGCGAAUAUGCUAAUCUAAAAAGGGGAGGGGCUCUCACACUACUUAUCUUUUUUUUUUUGGUUUUUUUUUUGUUUGUUUGUUUUUUGUUUUUUUUUUUGUUUUUUUUCAAACCAUUGGUAUCACAAUUACAUCACUAUGAUUGAUUGUUCUUGUUGUAUAUCUAAUUUUUAUUAUUAUAUUGAGUUUGUGUCAGCUGUACAGUUCCAUGUUGAAAAAUUAUACCUGAUGCAGAGUCUUAUACUGUAAUGUGUCUCCUUUCAAUAAAGAAAAUUACUUCGUAAUAUAA